CAAAACAUGGACUUCCGUGACUUAGACUCUAUACAGUUGUCUAAGAAAGUGCCUGUAUAGAAAUCUGAAUGAACUGCUUUCUGCCCAUUUCUUUCCCGCUACACUGAAAUUUAACAGUUUCUCUCAGAGGUUAUCAUAGUCCGCCGUUUAGUGGGACGGCCUGGAGAGCCUCGUUGUUGCCAGUACAUUUAGGCUGUUCAAAGGCAGCCUUAGCUGGGGCCCUAACCUCGACCAGAAAAGCUUUGCCAGAAAGAAGGACGAAUUUGGCACGUGGGAAGCUGCGAUGCGAAAUCGCGGAGGAAGUCACCGUUUUGGAGGGGAUCCUAGGCUGAAGCAACGAGUUAAACAGUAUCUCAGCAGUAAUAAAUGUGGCCAGUAUGUUGACACUGAAAUUCUAGCAGCGGAACUACAGAAAAUAUAUAGUGCUGAUUAUGGACGAAGAAAAAGAAAUGCCUUUAGAAUACAGGUUGAGAAAGUUAUUGGGAUAAUCAAAGAUGAGCUAAAGUCUACAGAUUUAGCCACUCUAGAAGAUGAACAUUUAGCAAAGAAAGCAAAAAGCGAGGAAAAUGAUUCAGAGAGCAGCAUGGAUACUUCCGAUACUGAUACCGAACACCCUCAUUCAGAUCAUAUGAACACAUCUUUGUUAACCUUAUAUCGGAAAGGAAAUCCAGAUUCUUUACCUUCAUCUCCUAAAAAUGCCUUGAUGAUGUCUACCACUCGUUCACAAAUGAUGUCUAGAUCAGAUACUCUUUCUCCUCAAGUACCAUCAGUGACCAAAAUUUCUGAAGGUGGAUGGUUUAUUGAUAAGACCCCAGGCCCAAAGGAGGAAAACUUUUUUAUUGAUCUUUGUGCAGAAGAAGAAAGUGAUAACAUUAAACAGAAAGCUGAGAAUGUGAAAAAGAAGUCCAAGAACAAAAAAUAUAAACAGAGAAAGGGUGAAUUUCCUAAUGUGGAUGAAGAAAUAGAGUCAGUUUUGAAGCAACAGAAAGUUAAAGCAAGAGGAAUAGAGCUGCAGACUUCCUCAGUUACAUUUGAGGAUGUGGGAGGCAACGAUGAGACUUUGAAGGAGAUAUGUAAGAUGCUGAUACACAUCCGUCAUCCUGAAGUGUACACUCAUUUAGGAGCUGUUCCUCCUCGAGGAUUUCUUUUGCACGGACCACCUGGGUGUGGGAAGACAUUACUAGCACAGGCAAUUGCUGGGGAACUUGAAUUACCAAUACUCAAAGUGGCUGCAACUGAGAUUGUGUCCGGAGUGUCUGGUGAUUCCGAACAGAAGUUAAGGGAGCUCUUUGAUCAAGCCAUGACCAAUGCACCAUGCAUUCUCUUCAUAGAUGAGAUUGAUGCGAUCACACCAAAAAGAGAAACGGCGUCAAAGGACAUGGAGCGGAGAAUUGUAGCCCAGCUUCUGACUUGCAUGGAUGACUUGAAUGCAUUGGCCACUGCAGCUCAGGUCCUUGUAAUUGGAGCAACCAACAGGCCAGACUCACUGGACCCAGCCCUGAGACGCGCAGGAAGAUUUGACCGAGAAAUUUGUUUGGGGAUUCCAGAUGAAGCGGCAAGAGAAAAAAUUCUGAAGACAUUGUGUCGAAAACUUCGACUUCAAGAAUUUUUUGAUUUUGGACUUUUGGCUCAUAUGACCCCAGGCUACGUUGGUGCUGACCUCAUGGCACUUUGCCGUGAGGCAGCAAUGUGCACUGUUAACAGAGUCCUGGUUAAACUGGAUGGGAAGAAAUGUGAAGUUAUGAAGAAUGAAGAAGCAGCACCUGGACAAGACAUGCAAAGGAGAAUGGAAGAAAAUGUGAAAAAAGAUACUGAAGAACCAGAUCUUCCUCCUAAAGAUGAAUUGCAAAGAUUGCUCCAGUUGCUAAAGGAACCAGAUCCCCUGGGGGAGGCUCAACUGCAAAAGCUGUGCAUUGAGCUGAAGGAUUUCAUUGUUGCUCUCUCUUCAGUGCAACCCUCUGCAAAGAGAGAAGGCUUUGUCACCAUCCCAGGUGUGACAUGGGCAGAUAUUGGAGCCCUGGAAGAAGUUCGGGAGGAGCUGACCAUGGCUAUACUGGCACCUGUGAGGAAUCCUGAACAAUUCCGAGCCCUUGGACUCUUAGCUCCAUCUGGUGUGCUGCUUGCUGGUCCUCCGGGAUGUGGCAAAACACUGCUUGCGAAGGCUGUGGCAAAUGAAUCUGGACUAAACUUCAUUUCAGUGAAAGGCCCUGAACUAUUGAAUAUGUAUGUGGGGGAAAGUGAGCGUGCUGUCCGUCAAGUUUUCCAACGUGCAAGGAAUUCAGCACCUUGUGUCAUAUUCUUUGAUGAAGUUGAUGCUUUGUGCCCUCGGAGAUCAGACCGUGAAUCAGGUGCCAGUGUCCGUGUAGUGAACCAGUUGCUUACAGAGAUGGAUGGCCUCGAAUCACGUUGUCAGGUUUUCAUUAUGGCAGCCACAAACAGGCCAGAUAUUAUAGACCCAGCUAUUUUGCGUCCAGGAAGGUUGGAUAAAACACUCUAUGUUGGUUUGCCACCACCUUCGGAUCGUCUUGCCAUUUUAAAGACUAUUACUAAAGAUGGGACCCAACCCCCACUUGACACUGAUGUACACCUUGAAGAAAUUGCUUAUAAUCCCUGCUGUGAUUACUUUACAGGAGCAGAUCUUUCAGCUCUAGUGCGAGAAGCUUCUGUUUGUGCCCUGAAACAGAAAAUGACAAUAUUCAGUACCGCAAACAGGAAUGUCUUCACAGGGGAAAUUAAAGUUGCCAAAAAACAUUUUGAAGAAGCUUUUAAGAAAGUGAAAUCUUCUAUAACUCAAAAGGACCAAAUAAUGUAUGAAGAGCUGCGCCAGUUAUUGAGCAGAUGACACCUGGAUGACAUAGAUAAUCCUUGCCAUACAUUCUCGUGAUCCCGAAGGCCUUUUGUGAUGUAGAACACGGUCUCACUUUUAUGUCUACUGAUUUCAGAAUUGUUGAACUCCUUCUCAAAGAUUUGUAUGUUAAUUGUAUUAUUGUAUUGUGAAUCAACAUAUAAAUUAGCUCUUCCUUUAGUAGCAGGGUUCUUUGAAAGCCCCAUCUCUGUGAUAGAUCUCCCUGCCUGAAUAUCAGGAGAUCUAAGUCCUGGAAGAUAUCUGAAUGCCUAGGAAUCUGUUGCCAAAUGGUGCAGCACACUUACUCAGUAGGUGAAUCACUGACUUGCUAUAAAACUAUGCAAGUCCCCACUAUCUACAUUUCAAGUAAAAGAAAACACGAAGUAGUCAGUAGGCAUUACAGCCUUCCCAUGUAAGGACAUCCAUGCUUGUUGUAUGUAUUGUCAAAUGAUAUAAUAAACUAAGCUCAGCACGAG